AUGGCAUUGACACUAGUAAAAUUCCUAACUCGAUUUUCUAAGUGGAAACGGUCGGAGAAGAUCAAGAAUGAGAAUGAGAAAAACGACCAUCAACCCUCAGCCAAUGACCGAUCAUUAUGGAUAAAUGAGGUCGGCUCCAUGCUAACUGACAUGUUAAUUAUGGCUGGCUAUCCUUCCCUAUCAGAAUCAAUCCAUACGAAGUUUUUUCAUGAGUCAGUCGCACAAUCUUUGGGUCCUCAUCCUAGGGGGCGUGGGUCCCCAGACAGUUGGAAGAGCUUCAUGACGGAUGACCAUACACCAGUCGAGCUAAGCUGGUGCUGGUCGACAUCGCUAGAAACCCCUACAGUUCGAUAUUCAGUCGAACCUAUUGGCCCAUUCGCUGGAAAAGAAAUCGAUCCUAUCAACACAGCUGCUAGCCUGCGCCUACUUGGUGAUACUCUCCCCUUGGCUCCAGGCUUGGACUUGAGCUUGCAUCAACAUUUUCAAAGGAUGCUUUCGUCACGAAGUGACCCGUUCAGAGUUGAAAAUGAAAAAUUGUCCGUUGCCCAGUCACAAAGUUUUAUGGCCUUUGAUUUGCUAGAAACAUCAAUUAUUGUGAAGCAAUACUACUUGCCGGAACGAAGGGCAUUAGCAGAAGAUAAAACAAAACUCUUCAUCAUUGAGGACGUAUUUCAGAAUCUUCCUACAUCUGCAAAUGCUCUGAUGGACUCCGUUGAUAUGUUUCGCGACUUUCUUAGCUCCUUUCCAGGAAAUUCGCAGCCAGCCGUUGAGAUUAUUGCAAUUGACUGUUUAGAUCCAUCCCAUUCCCGACUAAAGAUAUAUGUUCGAUCUCGAUCCACUUCAUUGGCGAGUGCAAUUCACAUGUUGAGUCUUGGAGGUAGGGCUCCCAAAACGCGUGAGGAAGAAGACUCUCUCCGGGAGCUUUGGUGCUCGGUCUUCGGUUUAGACCCUAAAAAAUAUCAUGAUUAUCAACCACUUCGUGGAAAAGAACAUCGCACUGCCGGCAUUCUAUAUUACUUUGAGCUCAAACAGGGUACAAAAGCUCCCAAGUCAAAGGUAUACCUUCCUGUCCGACAUUAUGCGCAAAGUGAUGAGCAGAUUUCCCGAGGCCUUUCCGAUUAUCUUGCUCGCCGUGGCAAGAAACUGGCGAAAUUCUCUUAUUAUGAUGGAGUUAAACGAUUAUGGUGA